AUGGUGCCCGUCGAUCCAACGCAAAUGUACAAGAACUCCCCAAAAGUGUUGGCCUCUCAAUCGGGAGUCCCACACAUGGUUCGAGGACGGUACAUGUUCCGUGUGGAUGACGUCGUCCGACCGGGUGGAUGCUCGAACAAAACUGGAGGCACAUUCCCAAUGAUGAUCUACCCAAACAUCGUGAACAUGUUGGGUGAAACGACAGUCGAUGUGAAUGCAAUGUGCUUAGAUCGAGCGAAAUCCUAUAUUCUCAUGAUUGAGCAGAGACAGGUAGCCACUUGUCUAGUGUUGAAUCCGUCAAUCGCUCGUUGCUCGCUUCCAAAAAUUUUCGAUUGGGGCACACGAACGGUUUAUUUCCAACCGAGAGGCGGUGGUGGUGAUGAUGAGAAAGCUUUCGUUGGAUAUAUCUAUUUUGUGCCACCUACACUUGAUCCUCAACGGCUUGAGAUUGGCAGCAUUUAUGAUUGGUUCAAGAAUCCGUUGCCGACGAUCGUCAUGCCAAUUUCUUGGUAUCCACGAAAUUUCACCAAUCCUGACCUUAACAAUCGCAUGGACACGGGUGGAGCGAGGAUCAGUGACGAUUCGAUGUACUCAGUUCAGUUGGGACUUUAUGUGAUUGGCUACAAGGAGUUCAAAGAUGACAAUAUCAAAAAAUUCCGCCCUGAGCAUCGAAUCAUUGCUCGUUUGGGAUCGUACGCGAACAAAAAUCAAUACGAAUACCGGUGGAGACCGCAAGAAGAAAGGAUCAAUUUGAAUCAAGUUGAGCAAUGGUACAUGACGGAUUGGGAGCGGAUGAACGAGUUGUACACGUAUCGCUUUGGAUACCUCAAGCUCGCUCCGAUCAUCAAUCUUGACCAACAACGGCCCACUCAAUUGCCGGCUGGACUCGUCUCUCAUCCAAUUUCGCUGCAUUGGAUGUGGACAACGAACAAUCCCGAAUAUCAGACGACAACCUAUAGUCAACAAGAAGAGCAGAGUCGAGUGGAUUUCGUGAAGAAGAAGGCCAUGCAAAUGUGUCAUGAUUGGUACAACGAGGACGGAGCUCAAUCGAAUUUCAUCCGGGACACCGAAACGAAUGCCUCUUGUCCGUGUGUUGAGCGACAAGCGAUGGCCGAUUUGGGCCGAUUUAUGCCACAUCCACGAUGCUCUCAAACUUUCCGUGAUAUCACUUGCACUCAAUCGAUCGGAGCCCGGAAUUGCUACAUGUCGGCGCAAAAUGUUUACGGAUCGUAUGCGGGAUCGGGCAGAACGGACACCUCACACACGACAAGUCGUGUGCCCACUCACUAUGGACAAGUGUGCUGUUACGAUAAAGAGGGUUUUCUCAUGCAGACCAGUUAUCAGCCUGUGAUAAAGGUGACACCAGAAGUACCGUACAAUCCCGGGUUCCCGCUGAGAGCCUACGAGUUCGGCACAUCACCGUAUAUGGGGCAAUGGGAGGUACCGGGUUUAUCAGCUUUCCACAACGAUUAUAUGCCGUAUUUCUUGUGUUGCAAGUACUCCGAUUUCCGAUGUCAAAUGUUCUAUUGGAGGCGACCGUCUUCUGGGUGUCAAGAGUAUCAACCGCCCGCUUACGGUGAAGCAAUGGGUGCCGGAAUAUUCAAUACGAUUGACAAUGACAAGUUCAUCUUCAACGAGCCGGGCGUGUACACUCUUCUCUACAUCCCAAAGACGCUCACGACUCCAGAAGUCCGAAUUCAAGUUCGCCUCGAGCGAUAUCCAAACAGAAAAGUCGAUUUCAGUUAUCUCGGACGAUGGAUGCCACAGAAAGACUUGGUCCAACCCUCAAACGCCACUGUGAUCACCGGAAUUGCGAUUGAAGCAACGGGAACUGAUCGAGUGCACGUGUUGGCUAGGAAAGACACUCGGCGUUUCCGAUACCGAACCAGUGUCAUCGUCGGCAAUAUUCUUCGAUACUUUGACACAAUGCACAUUCAACGAUUCACUGGCGUUCUCGUUUAUGUGAAUAGCGUCGAAAGAGGACAAGCCGAGAUCUAUGUGGUACUUGAAGAGGCACAAAUUGGAGUGAGGAUUCGAGAAUCUUUCAAUCGGGAUAUCGAUCGGCUCAUGAAUUAUCAAGAGAGUUUUGGAAUGCUCAACGUUGCCCUCUCGGUACCGCCGCAAUAUGGAGUGCGUCCUGAUGGAGACAAGGCACGAGAGAACGAGAUCCGACAACGGUACAACUUACCGAAGGUGUCUGGUUUGAUGCGGCCAUUCCCCGAACAAACGAUGAGCAGUCAAUGGCAAAGGGAUCUUCAGAUGCAAGACGUCAACUCGGAAUCGUAUCGACAGCAAAUCGUCCAGAAUUACAAAAUCCAUGGGACGGGUGAGAGUGGAUCGGAUCAAAAUCUGAAUACCCAAUACAACAGCGACAUUCCAACGGAUAACAUGUUUACCGCGAGUAAACAAGAGGACAGCAAAUUUGAUGUUUUUCCCGAGUCGGCAAUGCGCAGUGGGCCCAUUUACAAAGCGGCUGAAGAAUAUGAAAUUGGAAACAAUCGCUUCUACCCAAUCACCGGCUCGGUCCUUAUCCAAAUUCUCAACCAUUGCCGUGACAUGGAGCAAAAUCCCAAUUACAAUUUGCAACCCCAAGCCUCAAAUGUAAUGGUUGACUACGGGAUCUCAACCUGUCCAAAUAAGCCCUCGGAAGUGAUCGCUGAAUGCGGUGACAAUUGGGCUUGCCUCUACAACUAUGCCCUUUUGAAUUCGAAAGUGAUCGGUGAGGAGAGUUAUAAAUCCUGGAACUCGCAUAUCAAUCUCCGAAAUGACGCCGUUCGACAAUAUAACUCUUGUGGACCGAUCAACAUCGAGUAUCCGGAAUAUUUGAUGAAAGUCGGCUCAAUGGAUAGCGCCUAUUUGGAUGGAGAUGUCGCUCAAUUCGAAUGUUUCCAAUCGCAUUGGACAAAAGGAACACACGAGUACAAAUGCGGCAUGGUAGCCAAUCGAGAAGCGUAUCGUGACAGCCGAGUACGAGAACAAGAACCACUCAAUUAUCAAUUUGGAUAUUAUCGAUUUGAAUGGAAUAAGGGUGAUCAACCAUGGUGUCGAUCUCGAGAAAAGGAGAAUUUCUUCAUUUGGUUGGCUGCAAUUCUCGGCACUGUCGCCAUCAUCAUUGUCCUCAUUUUGAUCUAUCUUUGCUGCUGGUGCAUGAAACAGAAGAAACGCGAAGAAAAGGAAAGAGAAGCGGCCGCAAAUGGAAUCACCCCGUCGAGGACGCCAAGUUUAAAGAAACAUCCAUACUCGAUGGAAGCGGAACCACUUCAUCCAAAGAUUCGACCGAUUGAUAUCAGCGACGAGUUGAGAGCGCCACUGACACCACAUGGAGGCACACCGACCAAAGUGCCGCCAAGGGAUUGUUUUCAUCUCGUUUGCAUUCCCGAUCUGCUACAGCACUAUCAACAAGGGAUCACCGCGAAAAAGUUGUUGCUCGAGUGUCCGGUGAGUGAUUGUAAAAAGGAAAUCCACGAGAACGAUGUCGAGAUCGUGCUUGAUCCGUUUGAGAGAUCACUCGAUUCGUUGAUGUCAUUGAGUGAUCGAAUCGAUCUUCUCCAUCAACAUCAACAACAGCAAAUCAUUGAAGCGUUCGGUGGAGUCGAAAUGACAAAAGCUUGCCCGAUUUGCUUGAACGUUUACGGUGAACGAGUUGGUUGUCAUCUGGUGGAAUGUGCGAAUAAGCGCUGUCAAACGAGAUUUUGCUGGGAUUGUGGAGAGAUCACCGACUCGCUUCAGCAUUUCAUUUAUGGGAAAUGUCGCCUGGGUGCCGAUGAUCUCGAUCGUCGUUAUCUCUUAUAUCGCUGGUUGAAUGGUGGAUCUCGGCUCGGGACUUUCUUCUUCACACCACUUCUCCCACUAAUUCUCGUGUUCGUGAUGCCAAUUUGGAUUGCCAUUUAUUUCCCAUUGGUCAUCUAUCAGAGACAAAUCCAGAAAGCCCGGUUCGCUGAAUACGACAAGCUAACAAAAGCGGAGACGCAGUUCGCACGGUUUAAGGCAAUCUGUCUGUGCAUUGUCGGUGUGCCAUUCGGUAUCAUUUUGGGAUUUCUCUCGUUAUUCUCAUCGCCAUUCCUUUUCAUUGCUUACACUUUUCUCGCAAUGAUCGUGCUCGUCGUCGGAAAGGUCAAUCGUGCUCUGAAAAUCCUCGGUUGUUUGUUGAGAUGUCUUGGACUUGGCGAUUUGCAUGCAAUGAUUGAGCAAACGAUUAUCGGCGAAGGGGAAUUGAAAAGGAGAAAGGCUCGGCGAAAAGAAAUCGAGCGGAAACAAAAGCAUCCCGACGUCGCUCCAUCGACCGCCACAAGAUCGAAGAGAAACAAGGCGAACGAAUCGCCGAUCGAGAAGAAACCGACGAAGCUCGCCGAUCGAAAACAUCAACUAUUUACCCCGGAUAAAGCUAUU